AUGAUAGAAAGUGACAUCUCAUCCAUAAUGUCAGGAAUUGUUCGCAACUCAGGGCAAAAUCACCACCCCUUGCCGCAGGAAUACAGGCUCCUGCCUUCCACCAAUGAGGAGGACCUCCCCGGGGACCUGGAGUCGCUGUCAUGGCUCACGGCCGUGGACGUGCCUCGGUUGCAGCAGAUGGCGAGUGGUCGCAUGGACCUGGGUGGCCCCAGCGUGCCACAUCCACACCCAGGUACCUUGGCUGGGGCAGCUGACCUGCAUGUGGGAGCCGCCCCAGGUCCCCUGCUCCACGGCCCACCUGGCAUGGCCCCCCGGGGGAUGCUGGGCCUGGGCCCCGUAACCAGCCACGGAGCCAGCAUGAGCCAGUUCCCAGUGGGGGGCCAGCCGCCCUCCAGCCUGCAGGACCCAUCCCAGCUGUACCCUCCUGCCACCCAGCCACAGUUUCCGCUCCCCCCGGGAGCCCAGCAGUGCCCUCCUGUGGGCCUCUAUGGGCCCCCGUUUGGGGCGCGGCCCCCGUACCCGCAGGCCCACGUGGCAGGGCACACAUCGCAAGAACUGCAGCCCAAACACUACCCCAAGCCCAUCUACUCCUACAGCUGUCUCAUCGCCAUGGCCCUGAAGAACAGCAAGACGGGCAGCCUGCCGGUGAGCGAGAUCUACAGCUUCAUGAAGGAGCACUUCCCCUACUUCAAGACAGCUCCCGAUGGCUGGAAGAACUCGGUGCGGCACAACCUGUCCCUGAACAAGUGCUUCGAGAAGGUGGAGAACAAGAUGAGCGGCUCCUCCCGCAAGGGCUGCCUGUGGGCGCUCAACCUGGCCCGCAUCGACAAGAUGGAGGAGGAGAUGUACAAGUGGAAGAGGAAAGACCUCGCCGCCAUCCACCGCAGCAUGGCUAACCCAGAGGAGCUGGACAAGCUGAUCGCAGACCGUCCGGAAAGCUGCCGGCGACCUGGCAAACCGGGGGAGCCUGAGGCCCCCGUGCUGACUCACGCUACCACGGUGGCGGCGGUGGCCCACAGCUGUCUGGCCAUCUCCCAGCUCCCGCCACAGCCGCUGAUGACCCUGUCCCUGCAGUCCGUCCCCCUGCAACACCAGGUCCAGCCCCAGGCCCAUCUGGCCCCAGACUCCCCGGCGCCCGCCCAGACGCCCCCCUUACAUGCGCUGCGGGACCCGAGCCCCAGCCCCCUCCCCCGGCCGGCCGUGGGCAGGACUCCCGUGGACUUCGUCAACAUCAGCACUGACAUGAGCACCGAGGUGGACGCCCUGGACCCCAGCAUCAUGGACUUUGCCCUGCAGGGAAACCUCUGGGAGGAGAUGAAGGAUGAGGGCCUGAUCCUGGACACGCUGGGUGCUUUCGCAGACUCCCCGCUCAGCUGUGACCUGGGCGCCUCCAGCCUGACCCCCGUCUCUGGUGGCAACAACCAGUCCUUCCCUGACGUGCAGGUGACAGGUCUCUACACCACGUACUCCACCCCGGACAGUGUGGCCUCGUCGACCGCAGCCGCCUCCUCUCAGUACCUGGGUGCCCCUGGGAACAAGCCCAUAGCCCUGCUUUGAGACCAUGGCCUCAGUGGUCCACAAGCCCCCAACAGCUGGCUCAGGCAGA